AUGAUUAUGAAUCGCUUGCUCGCGAUCAGCAACACAAACGCCUGUGACCAUAUUCUCAGCAAGGCGCUUGUGAGCAUCAUAGUCGGGUUGCCGAACAAGAAGAGGUUACGGCGUUCGGUGGCGGCCGAUCAAAUUGGCUACUGGCUUCCGCCAAUGAAAAGCCGACAACCGAACAGGCGCUUCGACGACGUCUAUAGCCACUUCUCAGAUCCGCCUCCUUUCUCGAAACCAGCUCUGAUUCCCCUCUCUUUCAUCGUCCCUUUCCCCUGCCAGCUUCUCCUCUCUGCAGCUAUGGAAUAUUCAUCUGGAACUUCUUGA